UGAUUAGAUAUUACAGAUGUCAAUUUGGCGUUCCCAACCUUUGAAUAUUUCCAAUGGUGCCAACGUAGAACCUGUAGAACUGUCGAUGCAAACUUCAAUCACCAUGAUUAUUUUCAAAGUUUUUUGCUAUUAAAAAUUAUUGUCAUUAAACUAAAAACAUCUUCCCAUAGCUACGUGGUUUGUUAUAUCCGUUUUCGAAGUCAUCGUGGCAUCACCUCUUUAUAUGUAGUAGUACAUCGUCGUAGAAAAAGAUAGUUUAUGAAAUUCGUAUUUUACUCGUCAAGCUGUAUCACCCUUUUCGAUGCUCCUCCCUGUACGUUGUCUUUUAAAACUAACUUCAAGCUAGUGAAACUGACAAGUGACAAACGACAGUUAAACUAUUCAUUUUAAUUGUUUUCCACAUAACAAUAUGAAAAAAAUUAACCAAUAACAGUGUCAACAAUGCGAUUUUUUACUGUGUUUGUAUUUUAAUGUUUUUUAAAUAUGUCCACUCGAUCUCAACUUACAAAAGAUUUAAAUGAAAGUGUAAAGUUACUUCUUGGAAAACAAGUUAAAAUCUUGUUCAAAAAUGUCGUUAGACUCGAGACAAAAGGGGAUAAAACGGAAAAUCGAGUGCUGGUGUUUUCACCUUGCCGAAUAUUAUUACUCACAGCUAAAGUGCCAACUAGAAUUGAUUGCCAUUUCCACUAUCUGGAGAUUCAAGCAUUGGAAAGCAAACGAGGAAAUCAAUUAAGUUUAAUGGUAAAUGAUAAGGCGUACUCGUUUUUGGCCGGAGACGAUUCCGCCUGUAGCACUGAGGUUGAUAUCAUGAUUUCAGCAUUGGCAACGGCUAUCCGUAAUAUAUUCCCCACUGUUCCUUUACAGUAUAUCAUUCGCAAGAUAGAGGUAAUUCCAAACACGCGUCUGCAACAACUGCGAGACAUUGAAGUGUUGACAACAACUCGUGAGGUUGGUCCGUGUGGAGGUUUUUCAACUCAAUAUGCGUGCAUGUGCGAUUUCCAUAACAUGCCAUACAGAGAAGAAGUUGCUUGGGAUGUUGAUAACAUAUAUGUCACAUUAAACACGAGGGAAUUAUGUCUUAAAGACUUUGAACAUCUAGAACAAAAAGACAUAGUACCUAUAAUAAGCGCUCUCGAGUAUAAUACUUGGUUUACAAAGCUACGAGCCAAUCAUGUGCGACUCUCACAUGAAACGAUGGAUCGUGUGCUACAUGUGUUAAAAAAAUCUUUGAGCUUAGAGGAGCUAUAUUUGGACAAUUUAGGACUGAAAGCCGAUUUUGUUAAUAAAUUAACUAAUGCGGUUAAGUGCAAUGUUGCCAAUUGCGUUAAUACAAUAGACUUAUCCAAUAAUAUGAUAGAGGAUAAGGGUGCCAUAAAUCUAACUGGUUGCGUGUCCCGAUUAAAUAAAGGGCUGGUGCAUCUUAACUUGUCGCAUUGUGGGCUAACUUCAAAAGGAGUGAAUCAAUUAGCUUAUGCACUUACUGCCAAUAGUAACAUAUAUACCACAUUAACCUACCUCAGUUUAAGUGGUAAUAGUUUAAAAGAUGAUAUUGUUAAUUUGUAUACUUUGUUGGGACAACCAAAUGCGUUGCGACAUUUGGAUCUUUCAUCGACGGAUAUUAUUUUAGAUAGUUUAUUUGGUGCUCUAGUUCGAGGCUGUACAAGUAAUCUAGUUCAUUUAAAUGUAUCGAAAAACCCUUUUAGUAGUAAGAAAAGUAAGGAAUCGCCAUUAUCGUUCAAACAGUUUUUUACGAGCUCUCUAAGUUUAAAGUAUCUUAACAUGGCAUUUUGUAAACUGCCACAAGAAGCGCUCAAAAAUUUGUUACUGGGAUUGGCUUGUAACGAAUACACUAAGGAGAUGAGCUUAGACUUGACGAGUAAUUCAUUGGGUUCUCAGGGAGCGCAUGUACUGGAAUCUUGUGUUCAUGGGGUUCGAUGUAUAUCUAGUCUAGAUAUCUCAGAUAAUAAUAUGGAUGUAGAUCUGGCAGGAGUUAUAGUAGCAAUAAGUAAAAAUAAAUCCUUAAAACAUUUAAGCAUGGGCCGAAACAUGAUUAAUAUGAAAGCGAAGCAUGUUUCAACAGUUAUGGAUUCAGUAGUACAAAUAAUUCAAGAUGAAGAUUGUGUCUUGCAGUCUUUAGUGAUUCCCGACUCGAGGCUUAAGUCUGACCUGCAUAAUUUUCUGAACGCCUUAGGCGAUAAUAAGUGUCUCGAAAUGAUAGACAUUAGUGGUAAUUUAAUUGGCGACUCCGGUGCUAGGCUUUUAGCUAAGGCUCUACAAAUUAAUAGUAGAUUACGCACAAUUAUUUAUGACCGCAACAAUAUAACACUGCAAGGUUUUCACGAUAUAGCGUACGCAUUAGAAAGUAACCACGCUGUUCAAUACAUGCCAUAUCCAAUUUACGACGUUACUCCUUGCAUGAAAGCGUCGGCCGAGCGUACUGAAGCGAUUAUGCGGAAAAUACAAGAUUUACUUAACAGAAAUGCGGCUCCUAAAAAAUACGUCAACAGAAAUUCUCUAGUUUUACAACCUAGUUUCCAAAUUAGCUCAAAACAACAGUCAAUGGCAAGGCUCAUCAUUCAAACACAGGAAGCUAUCAAAAACAUGACUGCCGAGUCGAUAUCUUCCAAUAAUGACAUUAAUCAUGCCACCGGUGUUAUUCAGGAUGCCAACAGCUGCCGACACGUUUUAGUUCGACUUCAAGAAGUCGCGCAACAAAAAGAAGAACCCCAUCCACUUGAAACCAAACUUCAACAGGUCAUAUGUGAUGUUCACGCCACUAUAGGCGAUCAUCUACAGACUACAACUGAAAUAAUGUUAAAAACCUGUAAAGACCUGUGUCCGUAUGUUUUACGUGAUAAUCCUGUAAUUCAAGAUAUUAGGAAAGAUUGUAAAAGUAAGAACGAGAUACCGCUAGAAUUCGUAGCGACCACUAUUAAGCAGCAAGCAGGACUAGACAUUAUGGCGAAGAUAAGGGAGGUGUGUUCCUCCAUGGCGAUACAAAUAUCGGAACACAUUGUUGAUGAAGUACAAGACGGAUUGUUAAGGAGUUACAAAAUUUUGGUUGGUGACACGUCCGGCUUACAUCUCGAUUCGCCUCCCAGAAGAUCUCGUUUGAAUAGUUCCGAUUCGUCCCGUCACGGAGCAUCAGAUAUAUCAAUUACAGAUAGUAGUCAUCAGUCUGAUCAUUCACCAAUGAAAUUGGAAUAUUUAAAUUUAGCCACUCCACACCUUUCAAUCAAACGCAAAAGCUUACAUGGACGUAAACUGAGACCAAAGUCAGUUGUGGAUAGUGUCGAGGGUUUAUCAGCCGAUGAUAUUCCUAGUCUAUUACCGAGCAUCUCUCGUAAUUCCGAAGAGGAAGACUCUGUUACCGAGCUUCCAAAUGCAACUCACCAACUGCAACACCUCGUCAAAGGUCGUCCUCGUCGAACCAAGACGAGAGCUCCCACCCGCCCUUUGUUAAGACCUGGCGAGUCUGCAGAUGCGCCGGACUUAGGAGAAGGUUUAGAUACCUUCUUUCGACCGGGAUCGGUUACGCCCACGUCCGACGAUUGCAGUUCCUUUCAAGCGGAAGGAAGUCCGAAUCACGAUUUUGCUUCUCCUAUUUUGAAUGAGGAUCGUAAAACACCGAAAUUAAGUCGUAACUCACCUCACUUAAAAGGUUUGCUAAACCCCACUCCGAGGUCGAGGUCGAGCGAUAAUUUAGAGAAAUAUUCGCCACUGUUAACUAGGAAAAGUAAUUCGGAUGUUUCUUCACCCUUAGCGCGCAGACUGACUGGAGACAGUUUAUUGUCGAGGGAAAGCAGUGAUGGAAGCAUUGCUGCUGAAAUGCACAUUCCAUUGGACCAUUCCUCUCCGAGCGGUACUCUCUCAAAAGGAGUUUCUCCAGAUAGUUCUAAAACAGCCAAUACUGAUUCUUUAUCGCUUACCAAAUUGAAAUCGGCUCCACCUAUUGCUCCUAAACCACGUCCGUGGUCAAUGGUGAACUCGGAACCACGCUCGACAGAUUUAAGUUUAUUGAGCGAUGGCUCGUCACCCGUAAACUCCACCGGGAAUACGCCAGACUCUGGUGACGCGCUUGACAGUUCCGAGUCUUCUUCGAUAGAUAGACGUAUCACAAAGGAAAAUAAACUAAAAAAAUCAGUAUUCCAGAGCUAUUUGUCUGACCGCAGCGACCUCAAAUUUAUGCCUAAGCCUAAGGUGAUAGCGGAUAGCAAACGGGGGUUGUUGUCUUCCAGUAGUUAUACUAAUCGUCGUGACAGCAAUUGCAAUGUUACCGAAGAUACGCACAUUACUCGAUGAACAAUUUGGGGAAUUAGGCGACUCAGUGCAAUUUAUUCGUUGGACUAUUUCCAAUGACUGUGUAGAUUAAAAAUGUGCUUAUUUAGAUCAGUUUUUGACGUAGCAUUUGUGAUAUGAUUUACAUGACUAAUUUACUAAUUUAAUUAGACUAAGAACAUUGUCACUGUUUUUUACCUUUUCGUAGUGUCGCACGUUAAACGAUUCAUUUGCACAAGGUGGUGCUUUUGAUAUAGGAAAAAAAUAACGUUUCUUUGGUAAUUCUUGACGAUACAAUUUUUUUACUUGCAGACCACUGUCGCUAUUCAUGCAUUCUUAGAUGCACAAUUUUUGAUCUACAUUCUAAGUACACGUUCUGGUACUUGUACAUAGUGUGUACGUACUUCCAUUGGGUUUUAUUUUCUUUAACUGAUAUUCAGGUACCGAAAAUAAAACCUCUAAACUUUAAUGCGUCUUCGAAAUACAUCGUUAUACUUAAGUCAGUUUAAAUGUUCUGUUAUUGAUAUGUUUUGUUAUAUCUGCAUUUCAAUUUUAAGUAAACGUAAUUUUUGUGUCUUGUCAAAUUUCAUUAUUUUAUGUGCUGUUUAUUUUUUAUAUGUA